GUCGAUCGUUUGGAGCGCUUGAUGGAAAAGACAAAGGAAACGGUCCAUCAAUCCGUGAAAUGAGUGCAACGCUGCAGCCAGGCCAUGGACGUGACGUGCGCGGCCAACACCACCCUCGACAGACAGACAGACAGACAGCCGAUGGGAUCACACAAACCACAUAAUUACAAACAAAAUGACCAUAAUUGAAACUCUGUGUGUCCCCCCCUUGUGUGUGCCAACCCCUCUGUGUCCGUCCGUGUGUCUGUGUGUAUCCCGCCUGUCUGAAAGAAAUGGUGCUACUCGGCUAUCUAAUGCUGCCGGGGUGUGCCGGGGUGCGGUGCGGUGUGUGGGCUGCGUUGCAUGGCAAGGGAUGGGAGACAAGGGACACACCACACAACACAACACGUACACACACACGUCACCCACGUCACACACAUCUUUCGUCGUGUCGCGCGUACCAGCCUGCUCAUUCGAGCUCGUAUCAGUCUGUGAACUUCAUUUUCGCCCCUGUCUGGCAGCAGCACUUUAGUCGGGCAUCUCCUUGUGUUUCAUAGUCCGUGCCGACCUACAGGCACACAGGCAGGCAGGCAGGCAUGAAAACACACAAACAACGCUGACUGGACUGACGAUGUUCUUUGUCUGCAUGGCAUGCAUGAUCCCUCCCUUACGUACGAUGAAUGCGUAGAGCUUCUCCUUGAAGAAGACCUCUGUGGCGUCGAACAAGCAUUUCUUUUUUUGCUCGAGGCAGGUGACCUCUAUCAGCCGGCCAGAACCCUCCCGCGCGCGCGACACAGCCUUGGCCACCUCCAUCGGCUCCUAAACCCAGUAAUACCCACGACAUCACACACCACACAUUCAUCUAUCGGCUGUUGUUUCGCAACGAGAUGGUGCUGCACCCACCAGGUAGCAUUUCCUCAGCUCCCUGGAAACACACACGAUGGACACAGACACAUACCAGGAGGGAUCCAUCCAUCCAUCCAUCCAUCCAUCCAUCCAUCCAUCCAUUUUCCUCACCGGCUGGGCGCCUGUGGUGUCUGCGGCGUGUGUGUGAGAGUGCGUCGUGGGGCGAGGGUGGAGGGCGGUUGGGGUGCGGUCCCGACGGCGAAUUCUCCGCCGAGGGCGCAGUCCUCCCUCUCGCAGGCGUCUGCAUCUGCAUCUGCACAUCCAUCCAUCCAUUCCGCCACACACAUGGAGGGGAUCCGUCCAUCGCAUCUCACCCCACCCCAUCAAUAUAUGGCCACUGGCGUCUGGGACUUACCGAGGCCGUGGAGGCCGUGUUGGGUGUGGAUCUCUUCGCCCGCCGCCAAUGGGCCGCAGAGGGCAAUGAGCGCAAACAGCAACGCCAACAUCGCAGAUCUGCCCGCCAUCAUUUUCUCGCUACGGUAUUC